CUCAAGAGUUCAUUUUAUUUUAUUUUGUGUGUGUUAGUUGCAUUUAUGAUAUAUACAAUAGAAAGUUAUUUAAAAGCAUUUGUUUCUCCCCACACCUGUUAGGUAACCCCUUAAGAAUCAUAGACUCUGCAUAGAGAAAGGGGGAGUUCAUUUGUCAUUCAAAGUGCGGGAAGUUUACAAAUGAUCUUUAGAGCCACAGGCCUACCAUAAGUAAUUAUCCUAAACUGCGGAUUUUAAUGCACAUGACUACUGAAAAAUGUUUGUUUUGCUUAAUGUUUGAAAUUGUACACAUUGAUUUAUAUUUUCUGGCUAUAACCUGUACAUGUUCUGUAUUAUCUCUGGGUUUCAAGCCUUCUUAUUGGAAAAGGAAACCUGACUUUCAGUGACACCAAUUUUCCACCUCUUAGUAUAGUUAAGGCUAUAGAUUGUGGCCAUCUUUUAAAAAAUAGACUAUGACAGGACUAUAAACACAUCUUCCUUCCUGCUGAAUUAUACAUCUUAAAAAUAACCUUCCCCCAAAAUCCUACAAGGAAAUUUUAUCCCUAAAUUAGCUUUUUAGUAAGUAAGGGAAUGCUUAAUGGUCAAUUUUUAGUCAGAAUGCAAAUUGUUUACAUUUGAAAGGAAAAACAGUUGAUUACUUAUUUAACGUUUCCGUAAAAACAGGUAAAGAAAUAUUGUUCAGAAUCCACCCCCCCUGCCCCCAGUACACACAAUAAUUAGUCAGUGGUUGCACUUUUGCCCUUUUUUGAUUUGUCUUUCACUUGACGACAGUGUAGAAUAAAUGGAAAGACUGCAUGCCUUGAAGCCAGGCACCAGGGUUUCAUUUCUGGCUCUGCUACUUUUUGGAUAAUUCUGUCCCUAGAUAAAUCGAGUUCUGAGGCUUGGUCUCCUCAUUGGUAAAACAGACUCAGUGAUCACCACCUUGCAAAAUUGUUAAUAAUUAAAUACCUAGCACAGAAUUGGCACCCAGUAGGAGCGCAAAUAAAUGUUAGCUGCUAGUUUUCUGAUUAUGGUGGUGGUUUUUCUUAUCAUCGCAUUUACAUAAAAUUACUCUUUUCUCCAGUAUCCUUUCCUUUGUGGACUUAUAAGGAGUCCUUACUAUGUGCUAGUUACAGUUCUAAGAGUUUAACCUGAAUUAAUUCAUAUAACCUUCACACCCUGUUUACAGAUGGAGUUGAAGCACACAGAGAUUAAGUAAUUUUCCUGAAGUCACACAGAAAAUAGGAGGCACAAGUGGGAUUAAAAUCCUGCCAGUCUGGUUUGAGAGUCUGCACUCUUCACCUCUCUGCAGAACAAGUUGAAAUCAUCGCAGAAGGAUAAAGUUCGUCAGUUUAUGAUCUUCACACAAUCUAGUGAAAAAACAGCAGUAAGUUGUCUGUCUCAAAAUGACUGGAAGUUAGAUGUUGCAACAGACAAUUUUUUCCAAAAUCCUGAACUUUAUAUACGAGAGAGUGUAAAAGGAUCAUUGGACAGGAAGAAGUUAGAACAACUAUACAAUAGAUACAAAGAUCCUCAAGAUGAAAACAAAAUUGGAAUAGAUGGUAUACAGCAGUUCUGUGAUGACCUGGCACUCGAUCCAGCCAGCAUUAGUGUGUUGAUCAUUGCGUGGAAGUUUAGAGCGGCAACACAGUGCGAAUUCUCCAAACAGGAGUUCAUGGAUGGCAUGACAGAAUUAGGAUGUGACAGCAUAGAAAAACUAAAGGCCCAGCUACCCAAGAUGGAACAAGAAUUGAAAGAACCAGGACGAUUUAAGGAUUUUUACCAGUUUACUUUUAAUUUUGCAAAGAACCCAGGACAAAAAGGAUUAGGCUAUCUUUGGUAUUACCUGGUGUUUUUUCAUGGACAAAUAUUCCUGGCAUUUGAAAUAUAUAAUUUAUUUUUAAUUAUUACAGAUCUAGAAAUGGCCAUUGCCUACUGGAAUUUAGUGCUUAAUGGAAGAUUUAAAUUCUUAGACUUAUGGAAUAAAUUUUUGUUGGAACAUCAUAAACGAUCAAUACCAAAAGAUACUUGGAAUCUUCUUUUAGACUUCAGUACAAUGAUUGCAGAUGACAUGUCGAAUUAUGAUGAAGAAGGAGCAUGGCCUGUUCUUAUUGAUGACUUUGUGGAAUUUGCACGCCCUCAAAUUGCUGGGACAAAAAGUACAACAGUGUAGCACUAAAGGAACCUUCUAGAAUGUACAUAGUCUGUACAAUAAAUACAACGGAAAAUUGCACAGUCAAUUUCUGCUGGCUGGACUGAACUGAAGAUCAAUCCUCCCAAUUCAGACCGAGGGUUGAGACAAAACUUUAAGGAUACAUCUUGGACCAUAUCGUAUUUCAUUCUUCUAAUGGUGGUUUGGGCUUGUCUUCUAGUCUGGGCCGCUCUAAACAUUUAUUAUUCCAACAUUGUGGAUUUCAUCUUAUGUCUGUGGACCAUCCUAGUUUAUCUUCCCAUAAGUCUUAGAAGCUUUAUGGUGAUUAUUUUGAGGUUUCCAUUCUUGCAUAUAAAGCACAAUGCUGUCUUCAUCGGAAAACAGUUUGGCAUAAGAAUUAAACGUAUGAACAUCACAAACAGUUUAUAAAAACUUCUUAAAUAUAUGCUUUGGGCUAGUUGCAAAGACUAUGCUGAUAGCACUUCCAGUGAGAGUGAUAUAUUUAAGUGUACUGGAUCUGGAAUGGUGUUUUGGUUUGGUGGGGGCGGGUUUCUGGCAAAUCACAUGUAUUGUUAACAUGAGUAGAGUAUCUGAAGAAAAAAAAUGUCAAAAUAACCAACGUGAAAAAUUUUUAGGAUAACUUGGUGUGCCUACCCCAAAAUUUUAUUGUGUUUCAGACCCUCGAUUUUGAAAGGUUCCACAGAACUAGUCUGCACUUACCUUACCCGUGUUUAUAUAGUUGUCCUGCAGGGGCUUUUAUUUAGAAAAUGUCUGCAUAAUGUUAGAUUCUACUCCUGUCUACAUUAUGCACUACAUAAUUGGAUUUCAUUAUGAUUUUGAAAUGCUUAUAUGCCUGUCAAGUAAGUUAAACUAUUUAAUUUGUUUUGAAUGUUUUAGAUUGCUACAUAAUACAAUACUCUAAAUUUAGGCAUGAGGGUUUAUUUUUUGUUUUUUUGUUGUUAUUUUGUUUUUUGGUCAGCGCACUAUGGAACACAAAUGAAAUUCUCUUAAUUUAUAAGAAGAUAGUAGGAAUUAAAUUUUCAAAAUGGUUGUAAUGAGCCAUGAAGUUCAAUUCUUAUAGGUACUGCUCUUUCAGACAAAUAGUCCAUUUUUGAUGACUUCUUAUUUUGUUGAAAUUGCUUUAACUGCUAAUCACUGUGGUUGCCAAAUACUUCAGGAGCAAAGAUUUUCAAACAAGCAUGCACUUAAUGCACAAUACCAAUCUGGCUUCUAUUUUCAUAAAUUAUUUACAGUCUCUUUACUGUUUUUGUUUCACUCAUUAGCUCACUUCUCACAUCAAGGCAGAAUUCUAUCUUGUAUGUAUUUUUUUCUCUCAUUACAAGACCCAUGAAUUGCUUUCAUGCUGAAAAUGCUCAUUUCUUUGUUCACUUCCUGAUAUGAGAAGAAGGGUUUAUUGCUUUUUUACACAUUUCUGUAAGGCAGGUUAAAAAAACGUAAAACUUCAGUUAUUGGAUGACUGUGGUUUUUAAGCAGGAGUAGAUUUUUCUUGGUGUAUCCAGGCACUCUCUAAGGUAUAAUGCUGAAAUUAUCAAAGAAAUGUACUUCAGAAUAGCAGUACAUUAUAAUUAAUGUAGAUGUGGAAAUGAUUUUAAGAAACAAUGAUAUAUUAAAACUACUUUUUAUUUACACGAUUUUGAAAUUGACUAGAAAGCUUUCCCCAGAUACUAUAUUAAUAUUCCAAUCAUAACUUUAAUUCAAGAAUACAGUUUUACCAAAAGAAAAUUUUGAAAAUUUCUAUUCAGUUUAUUGGAAUUGGUUAUUUAAAAAAAAAGAAAAGAAAAAAGAAUCCUGCUGGUUUCAGUAUUUCCUGAUUUCAUAUUUGUAAAUAUUAAGAGGAACUUCAAUUAUGAGAAAUUUUAAAAAGAUAUAUAUAUAGAUAUAUAUAUAUGUACUAUUUUGUUUCCUGUCUUGAAGAUUUUGAGUUAUGGUAUUGUUUUCGGAUUGAUUAAUUCAAGUAUGCUGUGUUUUGAAAUGAGAUCGAUUAGCUUUUUUCCCCCAAUAUAAAUUGUUUUUCAUAAAAGUCUAAUAUUAGUUUGUGGCCUAGUGCCUUGGGUUUUACAGAUUUUUCCUUUUAAAUGCAAGACCUUUUCAACAAAAUAGUGUUUGUCAUCAGUUUGGUACUAAACAUUUAUAAUUACUGUGUAAUUAUAAACGAAAAUUACAUAAAGCUUUGAAUAUAAUUAUGUAGCAUAAAAGUUAAGGUUGUUCACUCUAUGAUGGCAUCUUAGAAUUAAACAAUACUAUUACUAGGGCUGAAAAGAGAAGACUGAGUUAAUGUGGUGUGAUUAUUCUGAGGCUAAGUGUCUGGUUACAGGAAAUAUUUUGUACUAAAAAUUGCUUACACAUAAUGGCCGUGUGUGUGUGUUUGUGAAAGAGAGAGACUGAUGGAGAGGGGUUGAAAGAGGCAUACAUGCUCACACACACAUAUACAAACAACUUGAAUUGCUUUAAUUCAUUAGUGUUUCAUUCUUUAUCCUGGUAACCUCCCCAAACUGAUUCUUUGUUUUAAACUGAACCGCAGGUACAACAUCCUUUUUGCCAAAUGUCAAAACAGGUACACUUUAAAAUGUAAUGCUUUUUAAAUAGUAAAGUGUAUAAAUUAGAGGUGCCCACAUAUAAAAAUACUUGAGAUCAGGAUCAUCUUUAGUGACUAUCUGCAUAUCUCUGUAAGUUCAAUUGUGUUUCUUACAAUCCCUGUCAUAUUACCAACAGAGGCAAUAAAAUUCAGUGAAAUUGCCAUGACUAAA